GGCAAUGCGUUGCUCUCGGGUCAAAAUGGCUGGCAGGCCGGCUGUUGCAGCAUCAGGCCGGUGGCUGGAAGGUAUUCGAAAAUGGUAUUACAAUGCUUCAGGAUUCAAUAAGCUGGGGUUAAUGAGAGAUGAUACAAUAUAUGAGGAUGAAGAUGUAAAAGAAGCGAUAAGAAGGCUUCCUGAGAACCUUUACAAUGACAGGAUGUUUCGCAUUAAGAGAGCGCUGGACCUGACGAUGAGGCAGCAGAUCUUGCCCAAAGAACAGUGGACAAAAUAUGAAGAGGAUAAAUUCUACCUUGAACCAUACCUGAAAGAGGUUAUUCGGGAAAGAAAAGAGAGAGAAGAGUGGGCCAAGAAGUAAUCAUAUAGCUGAAAUCUAUGGAUGCAGCUGCCAUCAAAGUAUUUUUAUGAAGAUUGUUAGACCUGAAACAUAACAUUUUAAGAAUUCUUUCAUCUGCAGAUGUAUUACUUUAAAUAAAUGUCUAUAAUAAUCA